AUGGCGCCCGAAGUGGCCGGAGCGAUGCUGCAGUUUCCCGUGGACCUGUACCUGCUGAUGCGCAAGAAGGGUCCGGCGAGCAACGUGCUGCUGUCUCCCUGGUACCUGGCCUGCAUGAUGGUGACCGCGUACCACGGCUCGUCCGGAGCCACCCGGUGGGAGAUUGCACGCGCACUCCACACGGAUGACGAUGGCAGCAUCGUGGCACGGCUGGACGACCAUGCGAGCCGCCUUCACAGCCGCAACUACCGCAGGCCGCGGCACACCCAAUCGGGUACGAGCGAGCACAAUUCGAACCACACCGGUCUGGGGCGUGAGGCGGGCAAGAGUCGUGUCAACGUGACCUCGUACUUUGCCCUGUACCACGACGCUCGCGUCAACCUGUCCCCGGACUUCAAGGAGCCCCUUUCAAACAUGGGCAACCGUCUGCACAUCCGUGACUUUGUCAAGAACCCCCAGCAGUGUCACCUCGCCUUAGAUGGAUUCUUUCGGGCCAUGGCGGGUUUCGUGUUCGAAAAAGACGUGUUUGCCGGGGACACCUUCGAUUCGGACACGCUCAUGGUGCUGGCCAGCGUGAUUUGCUUCAGCUCGCGGUGGUUCAUUCCAGGUAACGCGCCACGCUCGACCGGUCACUUCCGUAGCGAGUCUGUUCUGGGCGGAAGCGACGAUGAGGUGCCGACGAUGUGCCUGACCGGAAGUUUCAGAUUUGCAGAGUUUGCCGAUGGCGACGGGUUCGACGUGUCUGUUGUAGAGAUUCCGUACCAGGACCCUCGGCGAUCGAUCGCGAUCUUCCUUCCUGCGAAGUCGUCGAGCCUCGUGGCCGUAGAGAAGGCUCUCACGGCGGCCAAGAUCCUCACUUGCCUCAGCCGCCUCGGACGCCAUGGGAUGGUGGAGGUGACUCUUCCGAGGCUGGACGUGAAGUGCUUGACGGACCUCAAGCGCACUCUACCCCUGUUGGGCGUUGUGGAGGCGUUUGGCAAUUCCGCUGACUUCAGUAACAUGGCACCAGUUGUGGGACUGAAGCUGUCGGCUGCCCGGCACCUCGCCGUCUUUCAUGCGGGGCACAGGGGUCCCAACACGGUUGAUGCUCAAGUCACUGCGAAGGAAGUCGGCCGAAACACCACGAGUGGCAGUGUUGCUAAGCUAACGGUCGAUAGACCGUUUCUCUUUGUUGUGCUCGUACGGGACCCAGAUACCGUGCUACUGCUCGGUUCAGUGACGCACGUUGUGUGA